AUGGACGGGUCAGAACGGGGAUCGUUGCUACAUGAAGACAAUCCGGAUGGAGUCGCUUCACCCCGUACGGUUUAUCUGACGAACGGCAAAUCGGUCGUAAAACAGAAUGGAACUACAGAGCUCCAAAAGGAACCUUCGGUGUCAUCCUAUUCCGUGGCACAAUUUUCUCCCAUUUCUGAUGCGGAAUCGGUCGAGACUGAGGUUGACGACAGGCUUACGUCAAAUGCGCCGAAAAGUUGCAGUCCAAGAAGGGCAAGGAAUUUUAAGCACGAAAUCAUACCUCCCUGCUACAGUGAAGUCCAUUCUUCAAGCAAUCUGGCCUCCGUAAUGGCGAACGCUAAUCCCAGUUCGAGCCAACCAGGUGAGUGA